AAACAGAGCUAGAACUAGUCUAGAGAGCAAGAGCGCGCGGCAAAGUUAAAAUAAUUGAGUAAUUAUGGAAGAACAAAAUGACACUUCCGAAACUCCUAUGGAGAGUCAAGAUACAGCUGCUGUUAUAGAUCUGACGGAGUUUGAUAAGAACAAUAGUGGAAAUGCAUUUAUUCAAUCAGAAAUACCCCAGAUUUGCAAAGAUGAGCCUUGUUGCUUUGGAAUCGACGAAGCUGGCAGAGGUCCCGUGCUUGGUCCCAUGGUCUAUGGAACAAGUUUCUGUCCACUCUCCUGGAAAGAACAACUUGGAGACCUUGGCUUUGCAGAUUCCAAGACUCUGAAUGAAGAACAGAGAGAAGCAUUGAUGAAGAAAAUCCAAGAUGCUAGUGACCAUAUGGGGUAUAAGAUUGAGAUUCUCUCACCAAACUACAUUGCAAACGCUAUGCUUAGAAGGAGUAAACAUAGUUUGAAUGCUGUAUCGAUGGAUUCAGCCAUCGGUUUGCUGAGGUUAGCAUUGGCUGAUGGUGUCCAAGUGAAAGAGGUAUAUGUUGAUACUGUAGGGGAUGCCAAGAAAUACCAGGAUAAACUAUCGGGUCUCUUCCCUGAUCUUGAUAUCACCGUCACACCAAAGGCUGAUGCCAAGUUCCCCAUUGUCAGCGCUGCUAGUAUAUGUGCAAAGGUAACGAGAGAUAGAGCGACGACUGGAUGGAAGUUUGUUGAGAAGUGUGAUAUAGAUACUGAGAACUAUGGCAGUGGAUAUCCUAGUGAUCCUGCAACCAAGAAGUGGCUUGCUGGAAAUGUUGAUCCUGUUUUUGGAUUCUCACAGUUUGUACGCUUCAGUUGGUCCACAGCAAGCAUCAUCUUGGAUGAUAAAGCCUUCCCUGUGCAAUGGGAAGAUGAUGAUGAGGAGGAUGAAGCAGCCAAAGGAAGUGCCUCACUGCUGACGUUCUUCGCUCCCAAGAGUGCAGACCCUCGACAGAAGAAACACCAAUUCUUUAACGAGAGAGACUUGAAACAAGUCACUGCAAUGUGAUUUACGAGGGUAUUAGCUGAAGAAGUGUUUCUGUACUACUGCUUUUUCCUCAAAGAAUGAACACCUGUGAAAGAAACAUCAAAUCUUCAAUGAGAAUAGCUUGAAACAAGUCAUUGUGAUGUAGAAGUAAAGUAACCGCUAAAAAGGAAGCGCCUCCUUGCUAUCAUUCUUUGUCCCCAAGUGUGCAGACCUAUGGCAGAAGAAACACCAAUUCUUCAUUGAAAGAGACUUGAAACAAGUCUCUGUGAUGAUUUGGAACGAGAGUAACGGCUGAAGAAGUGUCUGUCUGCUACUGUUCACUAUUCUCAGAGUGUAGUCCUGCAAAAGGAACAUCAAUUCUUCAACGAGAGCAACUUGAACAAGUUACAGUUCUGUGAUUUGGACCAAGAGUGGGCAAACAUUUUUUGGCCCAAGAGUGCAGACAUUCGGCAGAAAAAAUACCAAUUCUUCGAGAGAGGGAUUUGAAAUGAGUUACUGCGAUGUGAUGUAGAACUAGAGCAUCAGCUAAAGGAAACGUCUCCUGCUAACUUCCUCCGCCCAUGAGUGCAGAUCCUCAACAAAAGAAACACCAAUUAUUCAAUGAGAGAGACAGGUCACUGUGAUGUGAUGUGGAACUAGAGCUCCUAAAUUUUACAAAAUGAGGCAUGUAAUGAAAGGUUCAUUUUCUGUGAAAGGGUAAAAUGUGUUUGUCAUUCACAUAGACCUCGAAGCAAUAUAAUGAUGUCUCUUAAAGAGUGAGCAUUUAUAUAAAAUAUUUGGGGCUGUUCCUCAGACUUAGGUGUAACUUAUGGCCACCACACACCUUAUGAUUGGUCUCCAGCCCGAUUUUGCAUUUAACAAGUAUGAUAUUGAUGCGAACAUUGGGACAUGAAACGUUUGUCUAAAGUAUUGAAUUGUGAUCUGAGUACUCCGAUAAUCAAAUUAAUGAAUAUUGCGUUGGGAGUGUAACAUUGAGUGGAUUAAAAUUUGAUUGUUAAGUCAUGGCAAACGUCCAAAUAUGGACCUUACUGCAAACUAAAGGCUUGCUGUAAUCUUUCACAAUAUUCAAAAUUUAUUUUAUAUUUAGGUAGUUAUGUGGCUACAUAGAAAGCAGAGGAUUUUUCAGGUGAUGCUGCAUAUGUAUGCAAAUUACCACAGGCAGCACCGCAUGGAAAUCAGGUUGACAAGGUCAUUUCUCCAAAAUGAUAGUGAUUUAGGAGCAAUAACCAUUUACCUUUUUUUUUGCCUGUCAUUUUUUACUAUCUGAACAAAACCACCUGCACCCCUAUUUUCAAAAAUCAUUCCCAGGGCGCUGUAUGGGCUGUGGUGCUUUGAUGGCUUGUUAACAUUAAAACCAAAAAAGUCCAAAAUGAAAGAUUUGGAAGAAAUCAUAUAAAUUUAAUAUUCAACCUUUAUCAUUUUGUAAGCUUUCCUUAUUUUUAUAAAUAUGUAUGCAAUGGUAAGAAUGAAUGCUCUUGUUGUCUAUUUUGCUUUUUCAACUUGCACUUAUAGUGCUGGGGGUGGGGGUGAAUAAAAAAAAUUAUCACAAUUUAUGAAAACUUGAAAAGCUUAGCCAAGAAAGUUAUUUUUAUGUGUCCUGAAAAUAGUAUGAUUAAAUACAAUUGUCAAUUCAUCACGGAGGAUCAUGUAACAUAACAAUCCAGAAAUACAUGCUGUAGUGUUCUACAAUCUACUGAAAUUAUUUACAGCAUAUGACAUCAUCCAUAAAUUUUCCCUGUGUAUGUACAUGCAGUGGUUGACCUUCUGUGUUUUCCAACCAGAAUAUCUAGCUGUAUAUGAAGGUGAAUCUGCCCAAAUUGGGACAAUUGUUUUUAAACUUGAAUGGAAGUUUAUAGGUUGACUUAUGCUGUCAUACACAUGAUAAUAAUAAAGACAAGAUGCUAUGAAUUGUGGUGUUAGCAUAGAGUAUAUUUAUUUGCAUAUACAGUACUUACAAAACAAGUCUGAGCAAAGUAAAAUGCCCCAAUACACAUAAAGAAAUAUGAGCAAAAUUGUACAUUUGUUGUUAAAUAGUUAUAGCCAGUCACAGUAGAAGUACAAAAUUAUAAAAUAAUCUUUCAUAUUUACAGCAGGAAUUACAAUUUCAGAUCUAAUGGCAAAUCAAGGAAAAUUUCACAAUUACUUUGAUCUAUUUAAAGGCAAGUCUGCCUUGGAAACAACGGAAUCUGGAGAGCAUUUCACCUUUUGUCAUCCGACACGCCCUUAACAAUCUGGGUCCUGUGACAAAAAUUAGCGAUUAAUCGUACGCUUGAUUUUUACGGUUAAUUGUACAUUGUAGUCAAUGCAAGCUUAACAAAGUCUUAUAAUCAUUGCUACGAUUUGUGUUACGGGACCCAGAUCUGAUAAAUUACUCUGACUUGGGCAAUUAUUUUAUUCAGAGAACUUAAGGAAUAUUAUGCAAACUUAAUCAUAGAUCAAAUCGCAAUUGCCAAAGGUAUGCACUCAAUAUCUCUUGUAUAUACAUGUACAAUAUGUGUAUGAAAUAUAUUGGAUCAAAUAAAAAAAAUAUAUUAAAAACACCUUGACUGAAGCAAUCCUUUAUCAUAAAGAUGGGCAUUUUGUAAUAGUAGAAGGUGUAAAAAAAAUUUGCAUGAACUGUUAGAUAUGUGAUUCGAGAUACAAAAGGGAAGGGGUAGGUAUCCUAUUCACAUGCUCUAGGCCAUAAAUACAGACCAUUUAUCAUUCAGGAGGAUCCGGGAAGGGGGGAGGGGGUUUAAAAGAUUUAAGUAUGACUUUGAAGCCCACGCGUACAUGAUAUGGAACGUGCAAUCUUAUUGAUCAAUACGCAGUAAUGCGCAUCCUCUUGGUAUGAUCUGACCAUUGUGGUCAUGCCUUUUAUACCGCACACAACUAGGCAUUAAGUGCAACUCUAAGUCAUACUUGACUCUUUGUAAAACACCCCCGGACUGCGGUAAUAAUAUUAACUCCGAUUGAAAAUCUGUCACACAAAAUCUUUCCAAAAUUCAAGUCCAAUUAAUAAGUCCAAUUAGAGCGAACAUUCGCCAUUGGUGAAAGUGAUAUGACAUAUUUGAGGUGAUAGGGGUGGUUCUGUGUAUCUACUCUCUGAAGCAAAGCUGAGAUAAGAUAGCAUACAUCUGCAUUCACAUCACUGCGGAAGCGACAGUUUGUGUCAUCCACUGAAACCAAAUGGUGAUUAUUUGCUUUAUACACCACAUUGGAAAUGAUCUCAUAGAAAGAAAAAAUAUAUAAAAUUGAAACAGAUAUCAAAUCUAAUGAAUAAAAAUUUUAGCAUUCCAUGACCCAAACUUGAUUUUAUAAAAUGAGAUGUCUAAAU